AUGUUUGAUGACGUACUAGUAAUGUUUAUGGUUGCAGAGGACAAAUGGCCAGAAGCACCAUCAUCGUCCUCUUCCGAUGACAAUUGGGCUGAUUUUACGGCCAUGAAACCGGAUGAUUGGCCACCGCCGCAAUCACAGUCGGAAGAUGCCUGGCAGGUGGAUGAUGGCGAAAACACAGUGCUUAGCCCUACGGCAGCAGCAGUAACUGAAGCGCGACACGCAAAACUUCGGAUUCCUGAAAUGGAAAAAGCAUGGAUUUGUGUGGGCAGGCAGGCAGGCGAAUCAAUUUUUGCAUCAUUCUGCCAACAACAGCAGAUUUAUCUGUAG